AUGAUCCGCCUGCGAAGCUGGGCUCUGCGCUGGGCUCUGCUGGGUGCUGCGACCCUGGUGCUUCUGUACCAAGCCAGGACCCGCUACAGCCGCGGGAGCUCCCCAAGCUUUUCCUACAGGGAUCCUCUCGGAGCUCGCCAGCCCGGAGCCGGAGCCAUGACAGCGCAGGCACCGGUGACCCCGCUGGGCAGUAGGGCCCCCAGCGCCACGCUGCAGCCGUUCUUGGGGGACCUGUAUGGCCGGGACGAGACGUACCGGAGCUCGAGGUGCCCCAGUGGCAUCAGGAAGAGGAUUGCAAGCACCAAGUUCAGCAGCGUCUUCCUGGAGGCCAUCCCGGUGCUGCAGUGGGCCCGGCAUGCCCGGCUGGCUGAGUAUCGACGCCUGCAGAGCUACGGGGGGGCCCACGGCUGGCAGGAGGUCGGCUGGCCCGUUGUGAGGGACGCGCUGACCCGUCUCAACACGUCGGCCAACGGGCGCAUGUUCGACGCCCGCCCCGGAGCUGCUGCGGGCGUCUCCCCCUGCGUCCGCUGCGCCGUGGUGGGCAACAGUGGCAUCCUGAACGGCUCCUGGGCAGGGGCUGCGAUCGACCGGCACGACUACGUCUUCAGGGUCAACGGGGCCCUCACCAAGGGCUUCGAAAGAGACGUGGGCCACAGGACCUCCUUCUACGUCUUCUCCACUAACACCAUGAUGAACUCGCUGCAUAACUACGCCAGCGACGGCUUCCGCCAGCCACCCCAGACUCUGGAAACCAAGUACAUCUUCCUCCCGGACCACGACCGAGAUUACCUGCUGCUCCGGGCGGCCCUGACCCACCGCCCUGUCGACAGAGGCCCAGAUGAGGGUGCUCGGCCGGAGCGAUACUUCGGGAAAGACCUGCGGGCGGAGAAGUUUAAGAUGUUUCACCCGGAUUUUAUCCGCUACGUCAGGAACCGGUUCCUUCGCUCCGGCAUUUUGGACACCCCGCAGCGGAGGCUGUACCGUCCCUCCACCGGGGCAGUGAUGCUGUUGGCUGCCCUCCACACCUGCGAUGAGGUGAGCGCUUACGGGUUCAUCACCCCCGACUACCAGGCCUACUCCGAUCACUACUUCGACCUGACGCACAAGGCCCUGGUGUUCUACGCCAACCACGACCUGCAGCUGGAGAUGAGCCUGUGGCAGGAACUGCACCAGAGCCGGCUCCUCACGCUGCACAUGAGAGGCUAA